UUUCGGCGCCUCGAUUUGGAGGUUUAAUCACAAAGCACAGUCACAAGAUUCACAGUCCACUGCACUGCGGUGUCACAGGUGUAUGAGUCACCCCAAGUCACAUCAGAUCACUGCCCUGGAUAUCUCUCCCUCGGCUCAUCCCUCUUCACCGACCAACUCCUCUCACACUCCGUCGGGUGCAGUUCCGGCUGCCUGCGGCUGCCCCUGUUCCUCCCCUCCACCCUCGCCGUCGCCUCCUUCAUGCUCAUCGCCUUCAUGGUCCAUUUCGCCCGUGCCAUGUGCAUCAUCUGACGCUGGUGCUUCAUGCUCCUCUGUGGUCUCGUUGGGUGUGUCUGCUGUGGGUGGCAGCUGCACGAUGUCCAUGACGUGCAUGCCGGUUUCCAGCAGGUGCCUCGAGAAGACGUGGUCGUGGCUGCGGAUGAUGGCCAGCAGCCGGGCCCAGGAGAUGGCCGGGUCGCGCAGCGAAUCCACCGGGGGGCGGGGCAGCAAAGGCGCCACGAAGAGGGGGCGGAUGGCGCCUCUUGUCGCUUCCUCGCUGGCCAGCCGUCUGAUCCGCUGGGAGAAGGUGCGCCUUAGGCGGUUCUAAAGCCAUGGACACACAGCACAGCACACACACGGGAUGAGAUGAUGCGAGAACACAUGACAUGGAGGGUAUUAAAGCCCCUCGCCCUGCCCCACCUGCCACAUGCGGAGGGCCUCCUCGGCUGUAUUUGUGUCGUAUCGCAGGCCCGAGGGCUGACCACCCGCACCUCCUGGGCCCCUCCUGCCGAACACGAGUGACAGCAGGCCACCCCUCCCUCCGCUGCCCUGACUUUGGCCGCUGGGUGGUGGGGAGGAUGGCUCCAUCCCACUGCCACCGUUGUUGUCAUCAUGACCAUCGGCUGGGGCUGGAGCUGGUGGUGGUGGUGGUGGUGGCGGGGGGAAUGGCUGUUCAUCGGUUGGGGGGCCCGGGGGAGGGUUGUUGAUGAGGGCGCCAUAGGCAUCGAUGACACGCUGGAAGUCAGACUGUUUUGUAUGCACAGAGAGAGAGGGACAGACGGAUUUGGUUCAUUGGUUGGUUGCAUGGGCGUCUGUCUGUCUGUCUGUCUGUGAUGUGUGGCUGACCAUGUGGGUUCGCGUGAGGCCCAUCAGGUUGGUCAAUUCGUGCCACAGCACAAACAACUCAUCCACACUGUUGUUCUGAUACAAACAAACAAACAACCAAACAACACACGGCAGAGGCGCCAUUCAGCUUGGUGAUGCCUGGCAUGUAUCGACUGAUCCUGACCGACCAUGGUAGCGAGGUGCAGCGGUGACCAUCGGGGCGAACCGUAAUUUGUUUGCGCCAACCGACCUUGACCACACACAUUCACAGAGAACAUGUCUUUGCAGCCACCCAUGUAUACGUAUGUGUCCCGCCCUCCCCCCUUCCCUCUCUCACCCUUGCCAAGGUAGUGUCUGAACGUCGCCCCUGCCAGCUCCUGCCGCCUUGACGGGUCUGCGCUCAUUUGCAGGUGGAUGGAGAAAUCAUCCGUCGGCACGGGGGCGUUGAGCUCGGCGAAGAAGGUGUAGGUCGAUGCCGGCACGUUCGGGUCGCCCGUCACCUUGCGCGCGCACACCACGGGGCCGUCGCCGUCCAGCCAGAGGAACUCAUAGCCGUGCGGGCCGUACGACGCCGUCCAGAGGCCGGUGAGGUGCCUCGCCACCAUUCUGCCCUCGCGAUGGUCUGCACGCACAGAUAGCGCGGACAUGUUGACUGACACUUUGGUGCGUCAUGUGGAUUGUGUGGUAAGGCUCACUCACCGUAUGGGGGAAGUUUGUCCCUGUACGUCGCGAGAUGGUCCAUCGGCAGUCGCUGCAGCACGACAGCACGCUUGUCCGACCCAGACGCCGCGCAGGCCAAAUGGCUGCAGUCAGACCUACAUACACACCCAUCCAUCCAUCCCUCAAUUGCGCCAGCGUGUUGAAGGCGCCUGGCUUACUUGAGCUGCACGAGCAGAUAUCGGUAUGGGACAGGUGGUGGCGGCUUUGGCGCAUACGGCAUGGCGGCCACGGCGACCUCUGGCUGGUCUCUCUUUCCAGGGGGUGUUGUGAGGUGGCUGGUGGGGAGGUUGCUCUCCUCCCAUGCGAGGUGCUCCCUGGUGCGGUGAGUGAUGGUCGUCUCGAUGCGGUCCAUUUCGUCGUCAGUGAAGCCGUCCUCGCCGUCAUACUCAUCCGACAAACGCUGCACGCACACAGAAACACAGGGAGAGAGAGAGAGAGGAACCAGGAGGGAGCGGAGGGAGGGAUCCUUACGUACAAGGCAAAACAUGUGCCACUCUCUCCGUCCACCCACCCCCUCACCUCGGCAGUGAAUGCUUCCUGCAAGGGGAGGUACCUCCGGUCGCCCAGCACGUAGACGCCGUCGAUCUCGUCACGCAGCAGCCGGGGGAAGGGGAUGGCGUGCGGGGGCGCCAUGGCGUCCUGCAGCAGCUGGGAUGACUCCAGCCGGUAGAACGACAGCCGCUUGGUGCUCUCACUGUCUCGACCCUCUUGAUCUUGCGGUUGGUGGUGGUCUUGAUCUUGUUGCUGGUGGGUGGUGGGCAAAGCGAAGGCGAUGGCCCUCUCUGCUGUGCAAAGUGGGGGCCACGACGUCACUGCUGCUGCCGCUGCCGCUGGUGCUCCGGGAGGUGAGGAGGCGUCACGGGUGGCGGCUUUGCCGCUAGCCCGUUCCUCCUCUGCCCUUCGCAGGCUGCCCACCGCCGCCGUCUGUCUGGCGGCUGUGACUGACCGAUGCGGCGCUGCCGACGUCACCUCACCCUCGCUGUAGUCGCUGUAGUGGAUGGAGAAGAAAUACCUGCAUGUAGACACAAUGGCGAAGGUGCAACCACGUCACCGAACGAUCUUCACUUUUCUUCUCUCUGUCUUACUCGAGUCUUGUGAGCGUUCUUGGGGGGCUGCCUUGUUUCGUGUUGCGGGGGUGCGAUGGAGCACCAGAAGAGGCAGCAGCGGAGGUGGUGGCGCUGCUGCUGCUGCUGCUGCUGCUUUGUCGGCCUUGUUGCUCCUGCUGCAGCUCUCCGAUGAGUCUUGACUGGAACCCGCUCAGAGGCCGCACUGUGCUGAGCGGAUGAAUGCAGAUCAAACGAAACAAACACAAAAACAUGAAUGAAGUGGCAACGAAAAGAAGUGACCUCGAUGCCCACCAGAAGUGGAUGGAUGCGCCCCUUAGGAAGCUCAGGCAGAGAGCCCCGGACAUCUCGAAAUAGCUGUGCCGGUCCAUGAGCUGCUUCCGCCACACACCUGUCAAAAUCACAUGUCAAAAUCACAUCUGUGCGCCCACUCCCACUCCGAGGCCCCGACUGAGUGUGCUCUCUCUGCUGGCUCACCGAAGAGGUCUUUGUGUCUGUGCAGGAAGUCGAUCAGGAAGUGCCACGGCUUGGCGAGGCACGCCCCGAGGACCACAUCGACAGCCAACACGCACUCGCGGCUGUUCACGAAGUGGGUGAUGUGGAAGGCGGCAGCGUUGAUGCUCUGCUCCACUGCAUGGAGGAAGAAGGCGCUGCUCACGCGCAGCCGCACGACAGAUCUGAUGUCGCAGCACGUCAGGGCGAUGUCCCACACCUGACACAUACAGAAAGACAGACAGAAAGACAGACGGACAGACAGACACACACGUGACAGGCCUGUCUGUCGACAGAUGAUGCCUGUGAGUCUUCUGUCUACUAAACUCCUCUAUCUGCAUCUGUCUGUGGUAUUCUGUGUUUGUCUUGCGCCAUGCUGUGCUCAAUUGUGCUGCAUGUGCCUGUUGGCGUCAGCAAGUACCUCAGGCGGGACGGAUUCCAGUGAGAGACGAGGCGGGGCCUCAGAUGACGAAGAUGACGAUGACGACGCCAUCACAUACGCACUCGCAGCCUCGCUGCGAAGCGCUUUCUCGG